CUCAUUCGAUGCCCGCACUGCAGUGCAGCAUGAUCAACGGACCACGGCACGACUUGCGCAUUUCCCUACCUGAUAUGGCCGUCCGACGGGAAGCCUUUCCCCAAAAAUCACUAACACGGCGAGCCGCUUGACAGAAACCAGAAGCCUCUGCUUAAACUCUCAGACCCCAGAUUACUAACAUGCACUGGCAUGACAAGGUCUUUUUUUGUGUCUGCGACCAUGUCUAUCUCGGAAGAAAGCCCUUUGUUGGAUGCGCUGCACGUCCCUGACGCGUCUGGCGACUGCGACGUGUACGACCGAUUCACCAAAGCUCAGAAAAACUUCAUUAUUUUUGUAGUGUCCUUCGCAGGGCUGCUUCCUACGCUCGUGACUGGAACUUUUGUCCCUUCCAUUCCUCAGAUAGCUCAUGACCUCGAUUCAAAGGGUGCUGUUGUAAGCUUGGCUGUAAGCUUGUCAGUCUUUGCGAAUGCUAUUGGAGGUUUGGUAUGGGCAGCAUACUCCUCAUUUUAUGGUCGCCGUCCGAUGUACUUAUGGGGUAUGCCUAUCCUAUGCAUAGGAAGCUUCGGUGUUGCAGCAUCAAUGUCUCUCAGAACCCUACUGUUCUGGCGGUUCGUUCAGGCAUUUGGAUGCGCUGGCGGAGUAUCGGUAGGUGCGGCCGUUAUUGGCGAUAUCUACAGGCCAGAGCAGCGAGGUACAGCCUUGGGUAUCUUUUUUGGGGCUUCUCUUCUAGGUGUCGCACUGUCACCUAUUAUAGGAGGCACUGCAGCACAUUACUGGUCCUGGCGCAACCUGCACUUCUCGCUUGGAAUAUGGGGCGUUAUCGAGAUGGUUCUGAUCUACCUAUCCUUUCCGGAAACAAGUCAUCCGCAGUCGGGAGAGAUUCGUAAACUGGCGGCACUGUCAAAUCAUCCGCAGUUGGGCGAGACUCGUAAACUGACAUUACCAUUCAACUUUGUGUUGAUCAAUCCUUUCAACAGUCUCUGGCUGCUCCGCAGUCCAAAUAUUAUGGCCGUCACACUAGCAAACGCAUCAGCGAUGGUUACGGACUAUGUUUUAUUGGUCCCAAUUGCCUACACCAUCGGUGCUCGAUACCACAUCUCUAACGAAGCACUGAUUGGUGCAUGCUUCCUCCCCAGUGGACUUGGAAACUUCAUUGCCUCACCGAUUGCUGGGCGGUUGUCCGACACCAUGAUUUCCAAGUGGAAGGUGAAGCGCAAUGGCAUUUGGGUCCCCGAAGAUCGGCUACGUGCAGUAUUGGUAGGCGGACUCUUAGUCCCUCUAUCUGUUGGUCUUUCGGGACUUGUUACCGCGUACAUCGCUGGACCGUUGGGAUUGGUAUUGAAUUUACUUUGUUUGUUUCUGAAUGGCAUUGGGGUAGACUUCGUUCUUACUCCGAUCGGCUCGUACAAUGUCGACGUGUUACAAUCGCGCAGCGCAGAAGUAAUUGCUGCAGUUACAGCUUUCCGCGCGAUCAUUCUUGCACCAGUAACUGCAGCCGUACUUCCAUCGAUUGAAAUGCUAGGCGUGGCAGGAACAAAUGGCAUAGCUACGGUGAUUGCGCUUGUUGGAUAUGGGCUUAUCGUUCUCACGAUUCGUUAUGGAGGUCGCAUGAGAGCUUGGGUGGAUGUUGGAUAUACACCCUUGUGAAUCAUUACCCAAUAGACUUGAUUGGUUACCAUUUUAUUUCCCUUGCAUUAAAUCUAAAAAUGGGAGAUGCGUAUAUUUGCCACUAGAUAAAGGCCGAGCUUCGCCGGCAGCAACCUUGUCCCACAACUUACAAGUACUAGUGUUGUGUGCUAUCAUUUGGAAAAUGCAUCAAAGGUU